GGCGACUCGCGCGGUCGCAUCCUUGCCCCAUCUCGGCCAAUGCAACGCGCGGCUGAUGGUCCAGGGGCGCCUUGAUUGGGCCUUCCCCAAAUCUCCCUUCCAUGCGAUUGGAGAUGAUAUGCAGCGACACUGCCUCACCAACUGCACAUCCCAACCACCUUGGACGCUCUUUCGCCAAGCAACCGCUGACAACCGCUGCGCCCUGUCUCUCGUUUGCUCCGUCACCGCUGUUGAUGCCCUUUCCUCUUUUUUGAUCCAGCAACCAUCUUUCUUUCUUUCUUUCUACCGUUUUUACAUACUUUGUGUACGCCGCGCACCAUGUACUUCGAUCUACCUUUGAUGCGACAACGGUCGCCUGCAUAUGUCCCUCUUCGACCUUCUUCGUCCGACUCGGAUCGCUCCUUCCCCAAAUUCUACCUCGACACGCCCAGCUACACGCCAAGCUCUGAGCAUCUCAGAGAGAACCUUAAUAGAAGCCCUUCGCGAUGGGGUCCGUUGCAGUACAUCCCGGUCUCCGGGUCGGAGUUCUAUGUCGCCGUCUCCCCACGCAGACCGCUUUACAAGCUGCUCCGCGGUCUCUUGUGGACGGCAAUUCUCCUUCCAAUUGUGCUUGGUUUCCUGGUCAUCUUCACAACGGCUUUCAGGCCAUCGUAUACACAUGCGCCAAGCCAUUAUAACGAGCUCCGAGAGCGGGCCGUUCAGUCCACGGAACCCGGUCGGGGAAACAUCCAUAACGAGAAGGUCUUCAUUGCGGCAAGCUUAUACGAUGCGAACGGUACGCUUGUUGGCGGAUCAUGGAGUCAGAACAUUUUGGAUCUGGUGGACCUGCUGGGCCCUGAGAAUGUGCAUUUGAGCAUAUACGAGAACGACCCUGAUGAUCUCGCAAAGGAUGCAUUGGAGAGCUUCAAGAGUCGCGUAAAGUGCAACUCUACCUUGGUCGCAGAGCAUCUUCCACUGGAAGAUAUCCGCCGCGUUCCCUUACCGAAUGGCGAAAAGCGUAUCAAGCGGAUUGCAUACCUUGCGGAAACCAGAAACAGAGCGCUGCGUCCCCUUGACGACAUUGAGACGAAAUUCGACAAGCUUCUUUUCUUGAACGAUGUUUACUUUAAUCCCAUAGACGCGGCGCAACUUCUUUUCUCUACCAACCUCGACUCCAACGGCAAGACGGACUAUCGCGCUGCAUGCGCGGUUGAUUUCAUCAACCCUUUCAAAUUCUACGACACGUUCGCAACCCGGGAUCUUGAGGGACACAGCAUGUCUCUCCCGUUCUUUCCCUGGUUCCCGAACGCAGGCCUGGCAGAUACCCGGAGCGAUGUCGUCAACCAAAAAGAUGCUGUUCGUGUCCGUAGUUGCUGGGGGGGUAUGGUCGCCUACGAGGCAAGAUGGUUCCAGUCAACACCCGAUCUCACGAAUGCCGACCCAGUCGAAGGCACUGCCUGGGGGGCAGCUUUCGCAAGUGGCCGGACGGAGUUGAGUGGUAUCCCAACCAACACGUCCACUCUCCGGUUUCGAUUUGAAGACCGGACGUACUGGGAAGCCUCUGAAUGCUGCCUCAUCAACGCCGAUAUCCAGAAACCGCGCGAUCCUGCAAACCCGCAUGCACCAAGCGGCAUCUUCAUGAACCCAUAUGUUCGCACUGCAUAUGACGAGUACACCCUUUUGUGGUUGCCCCUGACGCGCAGGCCGGAACGACUGUACUCCCUUAUCCACGAUAUACUGAACAGAAUUGUUGGUUUGCCAGGCAACAACCCCCGCCGUACACAGGAGCCUGGCGACCUUGUCAUGGAACGAGUAUGGCAGCAGGAUGCUGCUGCUUCCAACACGACCGAGCCCAUCGGCUCAUGGAAAGAGGUUGAGCGUAUCGCAGGGCCGGGCAGCUUCUGCGGCAGCAGGAAAUUGCUCGUGCUCGGCGAGAAGGAGGGCGAAUCCAAAUGGAUGCACUUUGCUGCGCCGCCUGAGGACGUUUGAUUUAUUUAUACUGCCGUAACAGCACGGCCGCAUUGAUUGAGCAUGCGCUCUAGAUGUCUGGCGUUUACCAGAGGGACUGGAGUAAGAACUGUCUAGCACUGGUUGCUACGAUUUUAUAAGACAGGCUUCGAGCAUUUUUUAUUAUAGAAGAGCAUGGUUAGACGGCCAUAUUUAGAGACGAUACCAGGGCAAGCGUCUAUGCUGCCCAUACCAUUACGGCAUAAAACUUUGUUAAUCCGCGUUCAUUAACGCUAGCUUUAAAUAUCAUUCUUCCCAGCCC